CAAAAUGGAGAUUCUGGUGCGUGAUUUUCGUGAUUUUAUCAUGCAUUGAUCGUUUACUGUUUGCGUGUUGAAUAAUACGCGAGGAAAAUGGGUGCCAAAGAUUCCAAACCGUGUUGUAUAACCUAUGAAGAUGCUGUCAAGCAGGUUACCGCGUCGGAGUUCAAGCGUCUACAGGACGCGUUCAAGCGCGCGUCUACGCUAUCCGGUUACAUGACGCAGCAGACGUUCGUCCGCGAGGUGAUGGGCGACGGAGUCCCCCCAAAACUCGCCGAGACUGCUUCCUUAAACAACGAGAAGGUGAGCUAUGAGGACUUCCACGAGUGGCUGCAGCUUCACGAGGAUGCGACGGCCGUCACCAGGUGGCUGCUCAAGGAACCGACGAGCGUCGCGCUAACCAAUGACAGCGAGACGCCCACCUUCUACCAGACGCUGGCCGGAGUCACGCACCUUGAAGAGUUGGACAUCAUCGAGCUGGAGAAGCGCUACUGGCUGCUCAAGGGAAACUCGAAGACAGGAAAGUUCGAUCUCGACACCUUCACGCCGCUCGUGUCGCCGCCAGUGCCAUCUAGUGUCUGCAAAGGCUUCUUCGAUGCGUUUGACGAGAAUCGUGACAACCACAUCGACUUCAAGGAGAUGGCCUGUGGCAUAUCAGCUUGUUGCCGCGGCCCGGAGCUAGAACGACACAAGUUCUGCUUCAAGAUCUUCGACGCCGACCAGGCGAACCGGUUGUCACGGCAACAGCUCGUCGACAUGCUGUCGGCCAUGAUGGCCGUGGAGCAGGAGAGUCCGUACGCGGAGAUGCCGGCGGGCACCGAGGCGAACGCUAGCGCCCUCGCCGACGAGCUGCUGCGUGAGUACGACGCAAACAACGGAGCGUACCUCUCCCGCGAAGACUACCUGGUGUGGACGCUGCACCGGCAGCUGCCGAACGCAUUCCUGCGGCUGCUCUUCCAGGUGUGCCACGUCGUGCUCGGCCUGAAGCCAAGCUGCAAGGACGAGGAGCAGGAGAUCAUCAGCGAGUGGGUCGCGCGCGAGGACCGCCGCGGCAUGCAGAAAAGCUACACGGCGCAGUCGGACAACCCGAACGUCGUCGCCACCAACUUCACGCCCGUGUCACGCGACGACGCCGCCAGCGUCAGCUCGAUGGGCAGCGCGGAGACGCUCGUUAGCACCGGAGGAGGAGGAGGAGGAGGAGGCGGGGUACACAGUCGCUCGUCGUCUCCCGCUCUCAUCGCCGCCGCCGCGUCGCCCGUGUUCGAGGUGUGUCUGCUUUCGUUCCAGAACGGCUGCCUGCAGCUGGCUUCCUCUACGUCGUCCGCGUCGCUCCCCGCCGCCACCGCCGUGAUGAGGGCGCCGGCGUCGAUCCCGCAAAAACCCGGCGCCAUCGACAACACGCCGCUCGUCGUGCCCAACACGCAGAAGGUAAUGAUGCUAACGAGCGAGGGCGGGAAGCUGCGACGCUCGCCACUGCUCGCGCCCGCACGUGACUUCCAGCUCGUCCCCGAACCCGUCUGGAAGACGCUCUCCCAGUGGUACGGUGGCUCCCCCGCGCUGCCACGAACUGUGAUACCCUCGAGCGUGAGGAACCCGAUAGCAGAGCUGGAGCUACAUCCGAUCUCGCUGCGACUCCUGCGGCACCAGGCGGCGGCCAAGCCGAUCGGCCCCGUGUCCUGGCAUGGUAUGGCAGGUAGCUUCGCUGCCGUUAACAUGUUUGCAGACGCGCCGGGGUACAACCCGCCCGCGCCGGUGCCGCCGCGCCGCUACCUGGCCUACAUGGCGGCCUUCAGCCGAUGGACGAGCGUGAGACAGCUGUACGAGUUCCUGUGUUCGCGCCUGCGCAUACGCUACGAGGACAUGAGGCUGUGGAAGUUCAUGGACGAGAACACGAUGGAGUUACUGGAGGAAGAGGAGGUGAAUCUAGUGGAUCUCGAAAUCGAUGACAACCAGCAGAUUCUCAUAGAGGUGAGGAACAAGGACCUGACGUGGCCCGAGGAGCUCUCGAACCUCGCCAAGAAUCGCGCGAGCCGCAAGCUGUCGGGAGGGGGCGCCACCGAGCGCGGCGCGACAGGCCUGAACAACCUCGGCAACACCUGCUUCCUCAACUCCGCGCUGCAGUGUGUUAGCAACACGCGGCCGCUCACGCAGUACUUCAAGCAGAAUCUGCACCUAUACGAACUAAACAGGUGCAUCCGCAACGACGUCUACUUCCUGUCGAGUCAGAAGAGCCGGCCAAGCCUGUUCGGGUUCCCGCUGAUCCUGCCAUGCCACGAGUACACGACGCAGCAGGAGCUGUACCAGUGCGUGUGGACGCAGGUGGGCCGGCUCGUCAGCCCGCUGCCGCCUAACGAGCACGGCGUGCUUAAUCACGCACUCGACUGCGACGACAGCCUCGGCUACGAGUACCCGUUCAUCCUGAAGGCGGUGCAGCGCGACGGCUUCACGUGCGCCUGGUGCCCGUGGUUCCGCUUCUGCCGCGGCUGCAAGAUCGAGUGCUGCGAUGCGGACUUCUGCCGAGCGAGCGCGUACGUCGCCGUCGACUGGGACCCGACCGCGCUGCACCUACGCUACCAGGCGUCGCUCGAGCGGGUGUUUGUGGACCACGGCAGCGUGGAGCAGUCGCGGCGGCUGCAGACGGAGCCGAUCGACCUCGCCACCUGCCUGCAGGCGUUCACCAAGUGGGAGGAGCUGGGAGAGGACGAGCUCUACUACUGCUCCAAGUGCCGGCAGCACCGACUCGCGCAGAAGAAACUCGACUUGUGGCGACUGCCGCCCGUGCUGGUGAUUCACUUGAAGCGGUUCCAGUUCGUGAACGGCCGCUGGGUUAAGUCGCACAAGAUCGUCAAGUUCCCGCCACGCGACCUUGAUCCGUCGUCGUUCCUCGCUCCCCGGGCGAGGGCGCUGUCGCUGAGCCGGGCGAACACGAUCGAGGAGACGCAGCUUCCCAACGGCAACGUGCACCCGCAGCCAGACACAAGCAAUUUGUUCCAGGAUCAGUAUUACCAUUGGGUGCACCGCGGCGCCGACACGACCACACCCAACUAUGACCUCUACGCGAUAGCCUGUCACACGGGCAUCCUCGGCGGGGGCCACUACGUCUGCUACGCGAAGAAUCCGAACAACAAGUGGUACUGCUACAACGACUCCAGCUGUAAGGAGACCACGAUGGAGCAGGUGGACGGCGACUCGGCGUACAUCCUGUUCUACGAGCGAGCGGGGCUCGGCUACGAGCGAUACCAGCCGGACGUCUCCGGCCUGCAGCCGCAGUGCCCCGACCCCGAGAGCGACUUCGACUCGGACUACCGCAAGAACUGCUGCGUCCAGUAGCCCCCGCCGCCACCUGGUGUGGGACCGCACCCAGGCGGCGUCCCCUGGUGUCAAACUGUGCCCUGGUGGAGCGCCCUGGUGUCAAACUGCGCCCAGCUGGUGUCGAACUGCGCCCAGACAGCGCACCCUGGUGUCAAACCACACUGGAGCAGAGCCCUGUGGUGUUUAUCCUCGCUGGAGUAGUGCCCCCUGGUGUCGAGCCGUACCGGAGCAGUGCCCCCUGGUCUCGAUGUGGUCCACGUUGCUCAUUUUUUUCCGUGGCGAUCGUUCAAGUCGUGUCCUCGUGCGUCAGCUUGUGUUGUGUUGUUUUGCUUGUAUAUUUGUACGUAAAAGCGUAUGUAAUCAGCCAAAGUUGAGUUA